AUGUUCUCUUCCGAACCAGCUUCUCCCACCGAAUUUCUCGUGGCCGCCGAGCUCUACGUUUCCACAGCCGCGAGCAUUGCCCUCCGCAAGGUCUAUUCAGCCCUUCGUAUUGCCUCUCUACUUGCUCAACAAGACAGCAAGAAAAUUAAAGAGAAAUCAAGUUGGAUUGCUCUGGCGAGAGGCUCCGCCGGGACUGGUCAGUGGCGAUCUGCUACAUGCAAACUCACGGCGGAAGAGGGCGGCAGAUGUCUCUUGAACAUCUAUGUGGACGAAUCUAUUCUUUACCGGACACUGUAUAUACAUCUGAUUAACCAUACAGACAUCCGACAUGCCGACACCUCGCUCUUCUUUCGCAAGCAUUGUCUAGGAAUAUAUUGCAUAAAUCAACGAUGGUGCUCUCCCAACACUACCGAACCUGUCUAUCUCCAGUUCGCAAACUCCGACCUUUGCAACACCUGGCUUGCCCUACUAAGGUCCUACGCUAUCGCAGAGAUAUAUGGCCGAUGGGGCUACCCGGAAGACGGUGGAUCCUAUCGAAUGUGGCGACAGGUGGAACUGAGCGUUAUCCAAGGCCGUAACCUGGGAAACACUAGGCCCGUCGAUGACAAAAACGAAUCAAGUUCCGAGUUCGAUCCAGUUGAUUUGGACGUAUCGUGCGAAAUACAUUUGAAUGAUGUGUUAUGCGGGCGCACUACAGUCAAGAAAGGGAUAGGCUCUCCUGUAUGGCACGAAAAUUUCACGUUUUCUGAUCUGCCACCGUUUGAAACCCUCGAUGUCCUCGUCUGGAGAGAGAAAAAAGUCUUCAAGCCGUCUCCCUUAGGCUCUGUCUGUGUUACUCUGAACAACUUUCGGAGAGGUGAAGCAAUCGAGGGCUGGUUCCCGGUGCUUCAAAGCGGCCCUCUAGCUAGUGAUCUUCAAGUAGGUGACAUUCAGUUGAAAAUCAGGGUGGACGAGGAGAUAAUACUCCCUUUCUCGGCCUACAGCUCUCUUCUAAAUAUUUUUAAUUCCCGAAACUUCCUCGACUGGAUGAACGAUUUUGAGAAGAAGCUCAACCUGAAGACACUUGCUGUGCAGCUAUUAUCGAUAGCCCUAGCAAAAAAUAAUGUUGUCGAGCAAAUUCAAGAAAUAGCCUACCGGGAAGUUGACGGGACACCUUCCUCCCAUCAGACCCUGUUUCGGGGCAACACAACUCUUACCAAAGUCAUGGAAUUAUGCAUGACAUGGUAUGGAAAGGCUUUCCUGGAGGCAAGUAUUGGUACCGUGCUUCGUAAGUUAUGCCAAGAAAAGGUCGCUAUCGAAGUGGACCCGGUGCGAAGUGGGAAAAGCGCAAAGGAUAUUGAGCGAAAUGUUGAUCUCCUCAUAACAUGGUGUCGAAAAAUUUGGGACCAGAUAUAUUCAGUCAGAGGGGAAUGCCCCUAUGAAAUGCGACGACUAUUUGAAACGAUUAAAAAGUUAGUGGAACGGCGUUAUCAAGACAGCGAAGUCAUGGCAGACAGUCGAGAGCUACCAUGGCAAAGUGUCUCGGCCUUCUGUUUCCUCCGGUUUAUUGUUCCCGCAAUCCUACAUCCUCACCUCUUUGGUCUUUGCCCUGGUCUACCGAGCGAAGCCGUAAGGCGCAGUCUAACCUUGAUUGCCAAAGUGAUCCAGAGUCUUGCUAACCUCAACGCAUCUGUUCAAAAGGAAGAGUUCAUGCGUGGUUUAAAAGACUUCCUACAGGAAAGUCUACCUGCCAUGGUGGAUUAUCUUGUUGUAGUUUCAUCACCAGGAAAAGACGGAUACAGAUCUCCCAAGGGAUCGUCGUCCGGUUGUCACGAUAGAAUCCGUGUCGUGAACUCUCUGAGACAACGUGCCCCCGAAAUGACGAAGCUCAACCUAGAGGCCAUCCCAAUGCCUCCCCAUUUACUUGAUGUACCUAGACAUCUUGCCAUCAUUACGUCUGCCGUUAUUAGGAACUCCAGAGAUUACCUCUCCGCCUCUCAUACGCUCGCAGACAAGGAUGAUCGGUUGAUGCACGAUUUAUGCUCUAAGUGCUACGAAGUCGAGGAGCAGGCGCUACACAGAGUCAGUCAGCUGGCUUCACAGAUGUCUGUUAGUCAACGACGGCUGAGCCCUUCCGUAAACAAUGGGCGCUCUGAUAUACGAUCCUCUACUUCUCCGAUCUCUACUUCUACAGGGAAAGAACGACGUUACCGUAAAUCUGGACGCCCGUCUACUGCUCCAUCACCCGUAACUGAUGUACCUAGAGAGCAUGGGUCUUUUCCUUUCAGUCCUCGUGGCUUCGGCCGGGAUCCAGAACCACCCCUUACACCCCCCAGCAGGAGUCGCCAGAAAACUCAUCUACGACACUUCAAAUCAACCUCGACAGACUCCAUCCUCUAUGGAGAUAACCACACCCCUUCUAUACGACGACCUCCAUUACAGCAGGAAAAAUCGCUGGUGGAUCCUUACGAUGAUUCUAGAAAGAGAAAGAAGGGUUUAUUUCAUGGCAUUUUGAAACGAUAAAAAUGCACAGUAGCUAUUCAUUAUUAUUAUAUAUCACAUCCCGCGUAAGAGUGUAGUCUGUGUAAUAAUAAGGUCAAUCGGAGUUUUAU